AUGAAGUCGACACUGGCAGCACUCACCCUCGCCGUGGGCACCCAAGCACUCGUCUCCCGUGAGGCAGGCUGCUGCUUCGGCAUCACAGCAUACGGUGGCCCAGGCGGCGUCGUCGGUACCCUGGGCGAUGGGCAGCUCCGCAUCGGAGGACAAGAGCCCGCAGCCCAUGUGUGCAUUAACAACGGUGGUUUGACCGAUGACCAGGGCAGAGGAUGUAUCUUGACUCCUCCCACAACUCAACUCCAGUGCGACGCUGGGGCGGCACCAACUCUCGGCUUCGAAAUUUCAUGCAACGGCACGAUUUCGCACAACGGCGAGUCGACCUUCUUCUCGUGCCCGACCGAAGAUAAUGGGGUGAGCAAAAGUUCUCCAUUGUCCUGA